AAUUUCAAAACUAACUACAUAUAUAUGCAUGGUCCCAUCGAAUGAGCACUAAUACUUAGCGCUUGAUGGUGUGGUGUGAGAGCCGACGAUGCCAAACGAUCUAGAUUAUUUUUCACUUUGCAAACAUCAAAUUGGUUGGAUCGCGCGUGGCUUAUAUAACUGAUCGGGUCUUUCUCAUUAGUCCUCCAAGCAUAUUCGUUCAAGACUAAGUGAAAGUCAAAAUGCGAUUCUGGAGUGCCUUUGCUUCAAUCGCGAUACUUCCCAUUGUCGCGGCUGAUUUCUUGACUGCCGGGGUCAGUUGCGACGUUCAUAAGAUGUAUCCGGAACAGAGUUGGGCUUUGUACCCUUCGACGAUAAAGGCUUGCGAAGAUAUAUUGGACCACUGGACUAUGAAUGUUACUCUGGAUAAACACAGGGGACUGAUAAACGGCUCGUUGUGCGGCACUGAUAUUUCGGUGGAUACGCUCCGGAACCGGUACUAUAUCCCCUUGACGAGGCUCACUGCAACGUGUAUCCAAGGUACUGGAGGCACGACAUGCAACCGUUCGUCGGACGGCGCAUCGUGCUCAUAUGCGAAUGGGCUGCUUUGCAACGCUUGGCCCAUGUGUGAUUAGUACCUCGAUCUGGUGGAGCAGGCAGCGUACGACCUAUGUAGAAUAUUUUAACGAAGCUGGAAUCCUGUCGAGUAGAAAUUACAGUGUGCGUGAAUGCAUCUACAUCCAGAAGCCGCGCCAACAGAUAAAGGUAAUCUAGACAAUAAACCCGCCGACUACUGAAG